AUGCAAAACUGCAGGCGCUGCAUCAGCCUAACGGGCCUCUUGCGGCUGCCACUCUACCUGCGUCCGUUAUUUUCAAUUGAAUUGUCCCUGCGACGACUACACCGCCCGGCCUUUUUAUCUUCUCGAAAAAGGCCGGAGAUGAACUUGUCUGCGCUGUUCAAGCCAGUACAGGUGCAGGCUAAUACGGAUGUGGACGAUGUGGGUUCCGAGCUGUCCGGCAAAUUGGAAAAGGCCGAGCUGCUGAAGGUUCUCAACAAGUUCACCCAACGCCGGGAAAUCAAGUCGCUUUGCAGCGAAAACGGACUGGACGCCUAUCUACAGCAACAGGCCUUUGGUUCAUUCCGAAGAUACUGCAUCGAGGCAGAAAACCUUCCAGUAGAUCUGCACAUAACCUUUAGCGAUAUAACACAAGGAGCGGGUCACAUCGAUGACAUCUUCCCGUACUUCCUACGACACGCAAAGACAGUAUUUCCGCACCUGGACUGCAUGGACGAUCUGAAAAAGAUUUCCGACCUGAGGCAGCCCGCCAACUGGUACAGCAACGCCCGCGCCAUCACCCGGAAGAUUGUUUUUCAUGCGGGACCGACGAACUCCGGAAAGACCUACCAUGCCAUGGAGAGAUACCUAAGUGCGAAGUCUGGGGUCUACUGCGGACCCCUAAAGCUUUUAGCCACGGAGGUGUACAACAAGGCCAAUGAACGCGGCACCCCCUGCGAUCUCGUGACAGGCGAAGAGCGCAAGUUCGGCAUCAGCGAAGGGUCGCCAGCCAAUCACGUCGCGUGCACAGUGGAAAUGACCUCGGUUAACACUCCAUAUGAGGUGGCUGUAAUCGAUGAAAUACAACAGAUCCGCGACCCCCAGAGAGGAUGGGCUUGGACGCGGGCCUUCCUCGGACUGAUCGCGGAUGAAGUGCAUGUUUGUGGUGAGCCAGGCGCCUUGAAUCUUCUGCAGAAAAUUUGCGAAACCACUGGCGAAACUGUUGAAGUGCGGCGGUACGAUCGGCUUACGGAGCUGACUGUCGAAAAUACUGCUUUAGGAUCAUUGGACAAUGUAGUUUCUGGCGACUGCAUCGUGUGCUUCAGCAAACAUGAUAUAUAUACGGUUUCGCGAGAAAUCGAAGCACGGGGGAAGGAGGUAGCAGUAAUAUAUGGUGGCCUGCCCCCAGGUACUAAGCUAGCCCAGGCGGCUAAGUUCAAUGAUCCAACCAAUAGCUGCAAGGUAAUGGUGGCGACUGACGCCAUAGGUAUGGGCUUGAACCUGAGCAUUCGUCGAAUCAUAUUCUACUCACUGAUUAAGCCGUCGAUGAAUGAGCGAGGGGAGCGCGAGAUCGACACAAUAUCGGUUUCGUCCGCACUUCAGAUUGCGGGAAGAGCAGGCCGGUUCCGUACUCAGUGGGAACACGGAUAUGUAACUGCAUUCAAGACCGAGGACUUGCAGACCCUACAGCAAAUAUUGGCUCAGACACCUGAGCCGUUAAAACAGGCGGGCUUGCAUCCCACGGCCGAUCAGAUUGAGCUCUACGCCUACCACCUGCCAAGCUCGUCUUUGAGCAACCUAAUGGACAUAUUCGUGAAUCUGUGCACUGUCGAUGAUUCUCUAUACUUUAUGUGCAACAUCGAAGACUUUAAGUUCUUGGCCGAGAUGAUACAACAUGUUCCUCUGCCCCUACGGGCUCGCUAUGUAUUCUGCUGUGCACCUAUCAAUCGCAAGAUGCCGUUUGUUUGCUCAAUGUUCCUUAAGGUAGCACGGCAAUACAGCCGCAACGAACCUAUUACCUUUGAUUUUAUAAAAAAAAACUGUGGCUGGCCGUUCAAGCUACCUAAGACGAUAUUAGACCUGGUUCAUCUUGAGGCCGUCUUUGACGUGAUGGAUCUGUAUCUUUGGCUAAGCUAUCGGUUUAUGGAUCUUUUCCCCGAAGCGGCCUACGUAAGAGAUGCCCAAAAGGAACUGGACGAGAUUAUACAGCAGGGCGUCUUCCAAAUAACUCGGUUGCUUAAGAAUACUGAGGCCAGUCAGGACGGAGAGACUUCAAGCUAUCUAAUGCGCCGAAUAACGCACAUGAAGGAACCUCGACUACCCAGCUCGUCGCGCGGACGUCUCACCGAAAGGUUGCUUGCGCAGGGUCUUCUUACCCCAGGCAUGCUCAACGAGCUACGCAAGGAAUGGGACGCCCAGCAAGUUGGCAAUUCCAAUUCGCAAUCUAAUGAGAUGUCGGAACCAGUUGUGAAUAGUGACGACGAGGAUAAUUUCUCAGGAAUCGGGCGAAAAACAAGGAAAAAACGCAGAAAGUAACGUGUC